AAUCGUUGUCGUUCUGAGCUGUGCGUGAUUGACAGAAGCAGGUCUCUGAGUCUGUGGUCAUCAUGGCGGAUGAGGUGUCUCGAGCUCAGGGCGCGCAGGCGGGAGGAGACACGAUCUUCGGGAAAAUCAUCCGCAAAGAGAUUCCUGCCAACAUCAUCUAUGAAGAUGAUCAGUGUAUUGCCUUCCAUGAUGUGGCCCCUCAGGCUCCCACUCACUUCUUGGUGGUCCCCAGAAAGCCCAUCUCUCAGAUCUCAGAAGCAGAGGACGCUGAUAAAGAGGUCAGUAUUAAACUGAUACUGUAACAAAAUGUGUUUGAA